GCUAGUGAGCAGCAGCAGCAGAAGCAGCAGCAUCGCUCUGAUGGGAGGAGAGAGGAGGAGAGGCUUUACACACCGAGCCUCCCUCGAAUGUCGGCUUCCUCCCGCUGCCAAUGCAGACCCCUCGCAUUCCCAUGUAUGCCAGUUGACACAGUGAACUUGACGGACCAGGCUUCCACCCCUGCGCGGAUUCAGGAGUCCUAAAAGCGGGACUGUUUGUUUUCUUGUUCAGGAGCACCUGACAUUUUCCCCGUGGCAGAUAUACUCACUGGAUCAUGGCACAGACCAAUAGCAGCGGGCAGGGGACCAACGGGGUGGCGGAUGAGUCCCCCAACAUGAUAGUGUACAGGAAGAUGGAGGAGUUAAUAGCACGCAUGCAGGAGGAGAAAAAUGGCAUCCCCAUACGGACAGUGAAGAGUUUUCUAACCAAGAUCCCCAGUGUUUUUUCAGGUUCUGAUAUCGUACAGUGGCUGAUGAAGAAUCUGGACAUUGAAGAUCAAGUCGAGGCACUUCACUUAGGGACACUGAUGGCUGCACAUGGAUACUUCUUCCCCAUUUCAGACCACGUUCUUACUCUCAAAGAUGAUGGCACUUUCUAUAGGUUUCAGACUCCAUACUUUUGGCCAUCAAACUGCUGGGAACCUGAAAACACAGACUAUGCUGUUUACCUCUGCAAAAGAACAAUGCAAAACAAAGCACGACUGGAGCUUGCAGACUAUGAAGCUGAGAGCUUAGCACGGCUACAGAGAGCUUUCGCCAGGAAAUGGGAAUUCAUCUUUAUGCAAGCAGAAGCACAAGCAAAAGUCGACAAAAAAAGAGACAAGAUCGAGAGGAAAAUUCUUGACAGUCAGGAAAGAGCAUUCUGGGACGUGCACAGACCAGUGCCGGGAUGUGUGAACACAACAGAAGUUGACAUAAAGAAGUCGUCCAGAAUGAAAAAUCCUCACAAAACGAGAAAGUCAGUGUACGGGCUGCAGAAUGAUAUCCGCACUCACAGCCCGACACACACCCCUGCUCCAGAGGCCAAACAGCCAACAGAAGAAGAACUGCAGGAACAGAUCACGUUUUGGCARUUACAAUUAGACAGACAUCGACUGAAAAUGUCCAAGGUGGCAGAGAGUUUGCUGGGUUACACAGAGCAGUAUGUUGAAUAYGACCCCUUCCUCACGCCUCCGGACCCAUCUAAUCCCUGGAUCUCCGAUGACACCACACUCUGGGAGCUCGAAGCCAGCAAGGAACCAGGCCAGCAGAGAGURAAGAGGUGGGCUUUUGGCAUCGAUGAGGUUCUUAAAGAUCCUGUGGGGAGGGAGCAGUUCCUCAAGUUCCUUGAGUCUGAAUUCAGCUCUGAGAAUCUCAGGUUCUGGCUUGCAGUCCAGGAGCUAAAGAAGCGUCCCAUCAGAGAAGUACCGACUCGGGUUCAGGAAAUCUGGCAGGAGUUUCUGGCCCCUGGGGCGCCCAGUGCCAUAAAUGUGGACUCUAAGAGCUAUGACAAAACCACCCAGAAUGUCAAAGAUCCCGGACGCUACGCCUUUGAAGAUGCACAGGAACACAUCUACAAACUGAUGAAGAGUGAUUCUUAUAGUCGUUUCAUUCGUUCCAGUGCCUAYCAGGAGCUAUUACAGGCCAAGAAGAAGGGGGAACUGGCAGACAGGAGGUUGACAAGUUGUGUGCCACCACGCUCAAACCAACGGCUUCCCUCUCUCUGGGACAGAAAAAAAGGGACCAUCAUUUCUUCAUCAUCAUCGUCCGUCAUCUGCUUUUUGGCUCAGCCGGAUGAUGAGCCAAUCCGCCUGUUCGUCUGUUGUCCACGGGACGUUGCAUGUCCACGGAGAGGACGCCACUCGCUUCGCUCUCUUCUUUCCGAACAGUUCUUAUUCCAGUAUUCUCAGAAAGAAGGCACCGCUGGACUCGUGAGGACAGUGAGAUGGGGUGGUCAAAUUCAGAGAUUCGGUUGGAGCCUAUUCUCUCACUUCCAGCUGAAAUAAAUGAUGUCAGAGAGAAAUAAGAAAAAAAAA